AUCAGUAAUGUAUACACAGAUGGCCUUGAUCGCCCUUGUAUGCAUAUUUUCAGACAUGAUAACGAGGCUCACGGCUAUGACAUCACUUGUGUUACCAGCUGUAUAUUCUCAGUGGUAAUACUAUAUAGAUAAUACAGAAAUUCCAUGAGUAUAGGGUUCCAUUCAUGUCUCAUAUUACAUCCAUGUUUUAGUUUUAUGUAAUACAAAUCUUCACGUAGUAGAAUUAUUUAAAAGUAAGAAGUAAUUAUUUUUUUAUUUCGUAAAUAUAAGUGUAAAUAUGCCGUAUUGUGUGGUUUACGGUUGCAAUAGCAAUUCUCAAUGUGACAAAAAUAUAUAUUGGUUUACUUUUCCGAAAGAUUCUCAGAGAAAUCGUUCUUGGGUUCACUAUUGUAAACGACAGGACUUUACACCGUCUAAGCACAGCAGAAUUUGUUCUAAACAUUUUACCCUAAAUCAGUAUAGCAGGCACCCUGAAAGACUUUCAGAAUUGGGAUAUCCGGGUGCAAAGGCAGCUCUAAAAGAUGACGCCAUGCCCGACAUUCCUGUAGUUGUAGAUGCAGAAAAAGGACCAUCUUCUCCUAAAAAGCCUAGGUCGGCCUUCGAAAAAAGACAGAAACGUCAGGUUCUUCAAGAGGCCUUUAAUGAAUCAUUAGAUAAGUCCGUCGACUCCAUUGACACUGAAACUGAAUCGCCACCCGCAGCUGACAGUAUGGAGAUUCAGGAAGAGGUAGAAAUUCCGGUAGAUAUACCAAAAACAUUUGUGUCAAAAUCUUUUAACACCGAUUACACAAACAUGAAAAUACAGAAAAAUCAAACAGAUCCCAUUCCGCAGAGAACUAGAAGAAACCAAACAUUAAAACCCAAGAGAAAGUCUAAAGGCAUUCAGUGUAACCCUUCAGAUAUUGAUUCAGCAAGUAAAGUCGCCACAUCGAAGAACAGAACGAUAAUCGGAAAAAUUACAAGCAGUAGCCUUGCACCGGCAGCGACCGAACAAAACAAGGAUGACAAUGAUGAGAGUGAUGAUGAUGAAGAUGAUGUAGAUGAAUAUGAUAAUGAUCCGGAUUAUAUUUAUAACGAGUCCGAGGAAGAAGAUGGAGACGAUGAGUAUGGAUCUGACGAUGAGGAAGAAACAAGCAAUUACAGAAUGGAAGAAUGUAAUGAUCCAGUUGAAGAAAAGUAUUACAUGGUCUCUGAAACAGCACUAUUUCAGUUACUAUCAGUAUGUAGAGAGUGUAACAAUCGAUGCAUUCCAAUUAUUGAAUUCAGUAGAGGGACAAUGAUAUCUACAUCUUCUGUAUGUGCUUUUGGACACGUCUACAAGUGGAAAUCCCAAAACUGUCAUGAAAGACUACCAUGGGGAAAUCUUUUGCUUGCAAGUGCCAUAAUGUUUAGCGGGAAUAAUACAGCAAAGAUUGUAAGACUGUUUGAUCAAAUGAAACUGAAAGGCAUUAGUGAACGCUCGGUUAGAAGACUGCAAACAGCAUACACAUCAUGUGCAGUUAUCUAUGAAUUCGACUCCCAGCAAGCAGAUCUAAUAGCUUCCUUGCAAGGUCCAGAUAAACAAGUAGUACUUGGUGGCGACGGAAGGUGCGACAGUCCUGGUUAUAGUGCUAAAUAUGGCAGUUACACUCUGAUGGACUUGAACACAAAUAAAAUAUUGGACAUUCAGCUUGUUCAGUCCAAUGAAGUUAAGGGGUCAACCCAUAUGGAAUUGGAAGGACUUAAGAGGGGUUUAUCUCUUCUUAUAGACACUAACCAUAUUGAAGUCUCAACACUUGUCACAGAUAGACAUGUUAUGAUUAAGAAGUUCAUGAAGGACAACCAUCCAGAAAUAAAUCAUUAUUUCGAUGUAUGGCAUAUAGCAAAAGGAAUAUCAAAAAAGUUGGAAACCAGAGCCAAAAAAAAAGACACAGGAGACAUAAGACCAUGGAUAAAGAGCAUUGUUAACCAUACAUAUUGGGUGGCUGCAUCAAGUGGGGAAGAUCAGAACGAAAAAAUACACAAAUGGACAUCAAUUUCAAACCACAUCAUGAAUAAACAUGUCCAUGAGUCUGAUGUAUUUCCGCAAUGUAUCCAUGGAGAGCUUGAGGAACAAAGAGCUUGGCUUAAACAAGGUUCCAAAUCUCAUAAACUUGUUCUGGAAGUAAUCGAAAGCAAAUACUUGCUAAAAGAUUUAAAAAAGCUGUCACCAGUGCACCAGACAUAUGGCCUCGAGGUGUAUCACUCUCUUGUGAACCAGUAUGCACCAAAGAACACCCACUUCUUCCAAUAUGCAAUGAAAGCAAGAAUUUAUAUUGCUGCAUUGCAUUACAAUGAGAAUGGAAAUAGACAGCAAGCUGUCACAAAAGCAGGCAUCCUGAAAUGGAAAAAGUCGUACCCUAAAGCAAAAAAAGGAGAGCAAUGUGUUGUCAAACCGCAGAAAGUUCAAGCGACCUAUGAUUAUGUUGGAGCUCUUCUGAAAAGAACUUUUGACAGACGAAAUAACUUAUCAAGCAUUAAAGAAGCCUUAGAGGACUUUAACAUUGUAUAUCAGAGACUCCCUCCACUAACAGCAUCAAACCCUCAAUUUGAUAAGGAGGAGCUAAUAAGACAUCGAACAAGUCGUUUUGCUAGAAACUGA